AUGCCCGGCCAUAAGUAUUGGCAACCCAACAACAUUCAUGGUGCCCUUUUGUGGCACAUAAGUAGUGGGGGUUGCCAAUACUUAUGGCCUGGCACUAGGGGUUCACCUUUUGUUAGUCCGCAUCCACUCAUCAUGGCAAGUUUUGCCCCUAGCGGCUGCCUUCGGGUGCUGCGCAAGCCAAUAUUGAUACUAGUCGGCCGUGAAACUUGUUCGACUCGUUCCCCAAUGGAAACAGUCAUUGGCCUCAACCUCAAUCAUCACGAUACUUGUCUUUUUACCCAGAGCGUUGGCGGUGAAGGAUUACGCGAGUUCAAAAUUUUUAUUCACGAGAGCCUGCAUAAUGCGGUGCAUCUUGUUGCGCUUCGACUCGAGGACCUCGAGCAACUGGAACCUACCGAAUGGUGGCCAUCAAACAACGCGACUCAAUGGCCUUCGAACAGAGCAACAGAAGGAACGUCACUUUCGGGAUUUGAAUUGGUGUACCCUGCAACAUUGGACACUGAGGUUAAGAAAAUUCUUCACUUACCAUGCUUCCUUCUUAGCACUCAAUCAACAAAUGAAGAUUUUUGUGGCCGUGAGGAUAUCUUGGAGACACUUGCGGCAGCACUUUUGCCUCCGAAGAACCUAGUGGCUGCGUCAGGCACCGCCCUGCGACAAUUUGCACUCUGUGGAUUCGGGGGCAUUGGAAAAACGGAAAUUGCCCGCGAGUUCUCCCAGCGUUACAAAACAUCCUUUGAUGCCGUUUUCUGGGUCGUGGCAGAUGAGAUUGCAAAACUCGACCAUCAUUACCAGCAAAUUUCGUUGGAACUAGGACUUGAAGAUCCGUCCGAGUGCAAGAGCCAAGUUGUCAGUAGAGAAAUUGUGAAAGGGUGGCUCUCUAACCCCCGAAAACAAUUUUCGGACUCAGAUGAAUUUACCCAAACCGGUUCAUCCAAAUCAGAAGCGACCUGGCUGUUGAUCUUCGACAACGCAGACGAUCCAAUGAUCUUGGCAGAAUACUGGCCCCAAGGCAGCGGAUCAGUCCUUGUCACGAGUCGUGACCCAUUGGCUAAAAGAAUUUUUACGAGAAACCCUUCAGGUCUGGAUCUCGGUCCACUCUCACAGCAAGAUAGUUUAUCUCUCUUCCAUCAUCUCACCACCAUUCCAAAUGGCUCAGACAGUAAAACAGCAGAACAAAUUUCUGAUGCACUUGGUGGCGUUCCUCUGGCAAUCUCCCAAAUGGCAGGUAUUAUUCGCAGGCAGGACCUCACUUUAUCAGAGUUCUUCGAGCUGUAUAUGGAUCAUGAGGAACACGCCAGUCUUUACGAAACAAAAUUCGAUGUCAAUUUGGCCUCGUACCGUCAUUCCCUAUCCACUGUUUGGGCAUUUGAAAAACUGAAGCCACAGGCUCGACAUUUGUUGGAGCUUAUUUCAUUUCUUGACCCAGAUGUCAUUGGCGAAGACCUGCUGAUGGAAGCGUCAGCGGAACUGCUUUCUGAGGGCACAAAGUUUAAAAGGAGCAACUACAUCGACGCAAGAACUGAUCUCUUGCAGUCAUCUCUGAUUCAAAGAGAUAAACAAAAGCAACAAAUAUCGGUCCAUCGUGUCGUGCAAGAUGUUAUUUUGGCAUCAAUGUGUGAUAAUAAAAAAAAGUGCAUGUUUGACAGAAUCGUGCGGAUUCUCUGGGCGGAAUGGCCGUCGGCUAUGCCCCAGCCAUCAAAAAAGCCUGAGCUUCCCCAGCCUAAAUCGACUGACGGCAGACUCCAUGUUGGAAGAUGGCCUAUCUGUGCAGCGAUCUAUCCGCACGUUCUCAGAAUACAUCAGUUCUGGUCAACCAUUUUAGAUGUCCCCGAAUCCACAAGAUUGCUCUUUGCAAAGCUAUUAACUGAGGCUGCAUGGUACCAAAAAGAGCGUGGAAGAACGAAGCAAUUUGACGGUUUCUUCGAAACUGCUCGCGGUAUAUGCGAGUCCUCAACGCACACCGACCGGGAUUCCUUGCUUGCAGAUAUCUACUUUUGCUUAGGAGCUAUCGCGAUGGAUGCGAGUGACUUUGAUACAAGCCGCGUCCACAAGGAGCGCUCGUUCGAGUUAGUUUCCAAAAUCUGCAAUGAGUUGGGGACUUCAGGAGAGCGAUUAUACCUCGCCUAUGCAGAGCGAGGGAUCUCGCAAAUACAGGAUAGACGGUACGAGGAAGGGGAAGCUGAUCUCAAAGAGGCGUUGCGGGUGCGCAGAGCGCUCGGCAACUAUAUUCCCCGGUCGGGCGAAGCUAAUCUCAGCUGGGCCCUUCUUGCCCAGGGUAAACUUGAGGAAUGCAAUACACUUCUACUAGAUAGUUUGGCUGCCAGAGAACAGGCUUUGGGUAAGAACGAUAAGGAAUCCGUGCGGACCGGUUUGAUCCUUUAUGCACUCGGAAACCUCCGCGCUACACAGAACCAAUGGGAUGAAAGUUUUGAAUACCACAAGAGAGCGUGGCACCACAUGCAUGCUACCGUGGGGGAGAGAGAUUUCUACACUGCAAACGUUGCCCAUAAGCUUGCCGAGCACCUGAUGCGCUUAGGUCGUAGCGAAGAAGCAGUGGCAUUGAUCAACAACGCUCUGGAAAUCUGGACCAUUGAUUCAAGUGCGCACAAGAAUGAGAUUGCCCGCACCACCUUCCUCAAAGGCAAAGUAUUCGAAUCGACAGGAAAGAUGCAAAAAGCUUCUAUUGCCUUUAGAGUUGCCUGUCGCUUGAGGAAAGAGAUUACUAAUGAAGACCGAGAUGUGAAGAGCUUGACAAAGGAAGAUUUUGACGAGAUUGUUGCCUUUUGGGCUCGUUGA